UUCACCAAAUAGCAUGGCCUCUUGCAGCAGAAGCACACACCCUGUGCCACCGCACUACUCUUUCGGGCUUUGGCUUACGAGCAUUCUUUUGUUCACGGAGGCAACAACGCCGACGACGAAGGGGUGCGUAGAGGGCGAGAGGGACGCCCUCCUCGACUUCAAAACCGGCAUCGUCAAGGAUCCUUCCAGCCGUUUGUCAUCAUGGCGAGGCCGAGUAGACUGCUGCAGAUGGAGCGGGGUGGUCUGUGACAACAGAACCGGCCAUGUCGUGGAGCUCAACCUCCAGAAUUCCGACCCUGAUAACGAUGAGAUGUCUAUCGGAGGUGAGAUCAGACCAUCCUUGCUCCUGCUAACUCAUUUGGAGCGCCUCGACCUCAGCAACAAUGACUUCGGUGGGAUCCAAAUCCCGGAAUUUUUUGGUUCCCUUACCAAGUUGACGUAUCUCGACCUCAACGGGUCCUACUUCGGCGGAGCCAUUCCGCCCCAGCUGGGCAACCUGUCCAGGCUCCGCUAUCUCGACUUAAAUUCACUAGACUUAACGAUCGAUGGCCUGCAUGAUAAGUACGGAGGAUAUGUCAAUAACAUUCAACUUCUUCUUCUACAACUCAUUUAUCUCUUUAUUUUAACACUGCACUGGCUCUCGCGUCUCUCUUCCUUGAGAUACCUCUACAUGGGCGGUGUGAACCUUUCCGUGGCCUCCCACGAUUGGCUUCAAGCAGUGAACAUGUUGUCCUCGCUAGAGGAGCUACAUUUAACACACUGUGGCCUCACCGACCUCCCCUUUUCUCUUUCCCAUGUCAACCUCACAGCACUGGCAACUCUCGAUCUCCAUGGCAACCUCUUCAACUCCACCUUCCCCAACUGGCUAUGGAAACUCCGCAACCUCUCUUAUCUUGAUCUCGGUUUUUCUAUGUUUCAUGGUGCCAUACCUGCUGGGAUUGGAAAUUUGACUGGUCUAAGAGAACUUCAUCUAAGUGAUAAUUCACUUUCAGGUCCCAUACCCACUGAGAUUGGAAUUUGUAAUAGUCUAAAACUUAUCGAUCUGAGUGAUAAUUCACUCUUCGGAGUCAUACCUGCUGGGAUUGGGAAUUUGACUAGUCUAGGAGUGCUUUAUCUUAACGAUAAUUCACUUUCAGGUCCCAUACCUGUUGAGAUUGGGAAUUUGACUGGUCUAGGAGAGCUUUAUCUUAACGAAAAUUCACUUUCAGGUCCCGCACCCAUUGAGAUCGGCAAGCUUUCCAACCUCACUAUUCUUUCUCUGUCUAGUAAUUCCCUGGAGGGUACCAUGUCUGAACUCCAUUUCGCUAACUUAACCAAACUUAGUGAGCUUGAUCUAUCCGAAAACUCCCUAGUCAUCUCAAUAGACCACAAUUGGGUUCCUCCUUUUCAACUCCGAUCCAUUAAACUGAGUUCUUGUAAGUUGGGUCCUACAUUUCCAAGAUGGCUCCGUUCACAAAACUCCAUUAAGGAUUUGGAUAUGUCGAACACAAGCAUCGAGGAUGCCUUGCCUGAUUGGUUUUGGAACACUUCUUCUUCUUCUUCUUCUAUAAAUCUCUCCCAAAAUCAGAUUAGCGGCACUUUGCCAACCUCCUUGGAGCAUAUGACACACCUGAGUGGUUUGGAACUAAGUAUCAAUAUGUUAGAAGGCCCGAUUCCUCGUAUGCCACCUUACUUGAGUCAUAUGAAUUUGUCUAGUAAUUCUUUUUCAGGGCCGUUGUCAGCAAUCUCUCUCACAUUAGAAUUGGGAAUCUUGGAUCUAUCACAUAACCAUAUUAGCGGGAGUAUACCAUCCUUUAUCUGCGACUUGAGAAAACUUGUUAUCCUCGAUCUAUCAAGCAACCAAAUAUCAGGUGAAAUCCCUUGGUGUUGGCAGGAGACAAACUUCCUUUUCUACAUUAAUCUGGCAAACAAUAAGCUCUCGGGAGAAAUUCCAAGCUCUAUUGAAAAUUUGACUUGGCUCCAGUCUUUGCACUUAAACAAUAAUAAUCUACAUGGGCAUCUUCCGUUAUCAUUGAAAAGUUGCAGUAGACUAAUAUUUCUUGAUCUUGGCGACAAUAAAUUCUCGGGUAGGAUACCCACAUGGAUUGCACAAAAUUUUCAAAACCUAAAGGUACUUCGGCUACGUUCAAAUAUGUUUUUCGGUAAUAUUCCUAUAGAGCUUGGACAACUUAAUUUUCUCCAUGUUGUUGACCUUGCCAAUAAUAAAUUAUCAGGGCCAAUUCCACCCUCCUUUGGCAAUUUAAAUGCUGCAAUGAUGAUAACAUCACUCAGGAAUGGGGCAUCCGUAGUUAUCUAUGAUGGUCAAGGAAAAGGGAGAGCCCACAAUGGUUAUGAAGAUAGCAUCAGUUUAAUUAUGAAGGGACAAGAUUUGAUCUUUUCAUCCAUUCUUUACCUUGUCAACAUUAUAGAUCUUUCAAAUAAUAAUUUGACCGGAGAAAUCCCCAUAGAAAUUGGGUCUCUUUCAACACUCCAAACUUUAAAUCUAUCGAGAAACAAUUUUGUCGGCCAAAUUCCGGCGGCAAUUGGUGCCAUGAAAUCAUUGGAAACUCUGGAUCUGUCAUUCAAUAAGUUAUCCGGAGGCAUUCCUCAAAGCUUUUCGGCGUUAUAUUCUUUGAGUCACUUGAAUCUGUCUUACAACAAUCUAUCGGGAGCGAUUCCAUCGGGGAAUCAACUUCGGACGCUGGAGGAUGCAUCCAUUUAUAUCGGAAAUGUCCAUCUCUGUGGACCUCCGGUGACCAAGAGUUGCUCCGACGAUCCUAACGUCGAUUCGACGGAAGAGGAGUACGAACAAGGAUCUCAUGUGCUGUCAUUUUACUUUGGUACCGGGCUCGGAUAUUUGGUCGGCUUAUGGAGUGUGUUCGUGAUCAUGCUGUUCAAGAAAGAUUGGAGGCUCUUGUAUUUUGCAACGGUGGACAAGAUGUACGACAGAGCUUAUGUGGCAAUCAAGAUAAGAAUGCGAAAUUGGCAUGACGCAGCUGGUCGAAUGUGA